AACUUUCCCAACAAAAGCCAAACAGGAGUGGAGGCAGAGUUUUGGAUAUCUUCUGGUUAUAUAUAAGUGACAUAGCAUCAUUCUACAUUACCAUUCAUUGCUCAAUUUAAGCUUCCACAAGCAUGGCGAGAUCUCUAGCCUACGGCGGCGGGAUCGUUGUUGCCCUCAUCGCAAUUUUCUAUCAGUUCCUCUUUAAACACGUUAUAUUUGAGGUUUUGGGUGUUGGACGUUCCGUUUCGUCGAUUGAUGCAUUCAACGCAACUUGUGAAAGGAUUGAUAAUCUCGGCCUUGAAGGUUGUGAAGAUUUAUGGUUUCAUUAUGACACCGGAUACCUAUAUAUGGCCUGCUCUGAUUUCCAAAGUCGUCUACAAUGGCUUCCCGCUGCCAGCCUUCUGAAUGUUUCCGGACGAGGCCUAGCAGAUAGAAUUGGUAUCUUGGACACCCGAGGAGAUGGCUCAUUGGAAUCACGUCUUCAGUGGAUGACAACCGAAAAUUUCUCUGGCAACAAUGGAGAUGGCACUUUUAACCUACAUGGAUUUGAUAUCCGUCCAGAUCCGAAGACUGGUACUUUGCGCAUUCUGCUCGUCAAUCACCGACCUCCAAUAGAUCCAAUAACUGGUACCCCACUCGAUGCUGGGGUCGUAGGUGCAAAUUCUACCAUAGAACUGUUUCAUACCCAAGUUGGAAGUGUUUCAAUGAAACACAUAAAGACAUACGCAGAUCCUGCGAUCCAAGCUCCUAACCAGGUGGCCUGGGUGAAUGAUGAUGAUUUUGUGUUCACCAAUGACCAUAGCCACAAGGUCGGAUUUCGUCGCCAUUUAGAGGUUUUCCUUGGUGGUGGGAGUAUUGGACACUGCGAUUCACGUACGAAUCACUGUAACCUAGUCUUCUCUACUGGUCUCAAUGGUCCAAAUGGAUUAGUUGCAGGGCGUGAUGGACUGAUAUAUGUCCCAAACACAUUUUUGCACGAAAUACAAAUCUUCUCACUUACAGACGAGAAGACUCUAUUAAAACAGGAUACUUUACAAGCACCAUACCCCAUUGAUAAUUUGAGUAUUGAUGAGAAUGGCGACAUCAUAGCUGCAUCAAUUCCACAAGGUUUAAAAUGGUUUCAAUAUUUGAGUGAUCAAUCAAUCCAGGUUCCUGCGGCAGUCGUGCGAAUUAGAAGAAGAGGGUCUGAUUUUGAUCGUUUGAUCAAAGAGGGAGUAAGAGAAGGGAAGGAUCUUGGUAAGAGUGAGGAGGGUUAUAUUGUUGAGACCAUGGUGGAAGAUAACGGAAAGAUUUUGACAUCAGUAACGGCCGCGGUUCAUGAUGUAAGGAGGGGGACAUUGUACCUUGGAGGAAUCACGGCACCAUUUAUCAUGACUUGUGAGAUGAAGAAUUAGAAGAAUUUCAGUUCAGAGUCUCGGGUGAGUCGGGAUAAGUUGAUCUAGGUAAUUCUAAAUACAAGCCUUAUAUGAUCUUGUGGUUCUUUAAAGGCUCUUUCAACACGUUUUUCGAGGAAUGCGAAGACUCAACACCUGUACGCGGUGUAUUCUACGAACCUCUAGCUCUUUUUCAAGAGUCUGCAGAGCUAAGAUUGAGUCGUAGAUGGAAUCGGAAGAAUUGGAAGAAAAGGGGUUUUGGAAGAUAUAGAAAAGGAAGGAUUAUAUUAUGAUUUUGCGAUAGCGAUUUCUACAAAAAGAUGAAUAUCAGCAAAGCAAUGCGAAUAUAAAGAUUAUGGAAGCUUUAGUUAGAUUCAAUAUCUGCUUUUUAUUAUUAUCUUUAUAGGUACGAUAUGGAAAGUUAGUCUUUUCUUUUUUUUGGAAGAGUCUUUUCAAUAUAAAGCUUGUUGCUGUUCUCUUCGAAUUACAA